UCCAUCAUAAACCUGCUUGUUAUGUUCUGACAUGAUCGACAGAAUGACUCGGAAUCCUUCCUCAAAACUGUCAAUUGAAAAUGUUCAGCUUUCGGAUUUUUACAGACACAUAAGCCAUGUGUCUGUAAACAAAACACUGAAAGGAAGUUGUUUUUGAGAAUGCAAAAGGAAGUAUUAUUCAAACAGCUGUAUGAUCAGAUUUCCUGUUGGUAGCAUCAACACUUGUUUUGUCAGUUCCCUUUUCAGAGAAAAUGUAACCUAAAAUUAAAUUCACUAAACCUGGCACAAUCACAGAGGUCGAAUACUUGACAGCAGCAGACAUAUUCAGGUGAGCCCUUUGAUUUCCUGAUUACUUAUUUCCUUUGGCACAGUUUCAAAAUAUUGUUGAAGCGUUUCACUGAAGUUUUGUGGUUGUGUUUUCUUUCCUCCUUGUGUAACUAUCCUUCCAUCGCAGCCAACAACGAAACAAAGGAUGAUGAAGAUGUUGGGCAGAGUCACCUGGUGCUGUGUAGCUCUGCUCCUUGCCCUGACCUCUGUGUUGGCUGUACAGAAAGAGCUCGAGUCAAUCGGUGAUUUGAAGCAAAUCAACUUUGGCCAAUCUGUGCCCAAGCACAGUCUUCUGCUGCUCCACUGGUUUGCCAACGAGGUCAUCAUCGACAACAACAAUAUUAUAGGGCUCGCCUUUGACCCAAGCACUGGAGAUUAUGGUUCACAUCAUUAUGGCAACUUUGAGGGGCUGCUGGACCCACUGCCUCAGGGAAAUCAACACCGCUACUACACUAUUGGAAAUCUCUAUAGAGAAGCACCAAUCCAACUUCCUCCCUAUGUAGUGAAUCCCCGAAGGCAGUAUGUGGGAAGAAACAGAGACAGGAUCAUAGUUCGGGUCAGGGACCCAAACAUAGAAGGGCGAGCACACCGGAGAAUAGACAGAGUGUUUAUCACACAGCAUUACGACAGUAAUGAAAAUCAGGGGACAGCUUAUGAUCCAGAUCAUACCUACAGGAUCACUAUUAACCUCCUGAGACAGAUCAGAGAGUUUGCUGUGGGAGAAAACCAACAGCAACUGAUGCAUCUCAGAAACAGCUUUGGGAGUAACUUCGAUGAUUUUGACAUUGUAAACACAUGGGGUGAACUUGCUUGCCUUGGACUGCUGUUGUAUAUUGUUUUCCAGGAAAAGCACUCCCCUAACCAACAGAACAACCGCCAUGAAAACAGAAGAAAUCAUUGGAAUGAGAGAGACAGCUAUAUUCCUAGAAUUCUGCCAAACGUUGGUGAUGUUGUAGUGGAUUUCAACAACGAUGAAGACCAGGAAGCCAGCAGGACAAGGGGAAACAGACAAUAUCGCAAUGGCAACAUCUCAGUACCGCGGAUCAAUGUUCGCUGCUCGUUACGUUGUAUUCGUUGUAUUUGUUGUAUUGCAUGCAUAUGUUUAAUUCCAUUGCCUAUCAUAUUAUAUUUUUGGUUUAAAGGAAAGAUAUGAGUUAAAACUGUAUUAAUUCUGAGUAAAUUGCUGUGCAGCAGUUGCAAUACAAUUGAGAAGAGUGCAAGUAUCAAAGUAUAAGAUAACGAUACCAAUAAUGUGUUCAUAAUAUAUAAAUAUCUUAACUUGUGUAGAAUCAUGUUAGGGAUGAGUCUGAGUAGGGUUGCUUAUAAUUAUGUGCAUGAUACUGCAGUAAAACGUAGUGGAGUUGUAGUGAUAAUAAACACCCAUCUGGAGCUGCGUGCUAUGAAAGCUUGCAUAAAUAAUGUGUUGACUUCAAAAAUACAACACGGUUGUGUUUCAUUAAAUGUGUUAUGUUGUAAAAUUGAUUUUUUUUUUGUGAAACGAAACUGGAUUAGAAUGGUAAAUUGUGUAAAAUCAUAAAGACAUUUUAAUUUGUCCUUGUUGACAAUCUCAAAGACUGAAGAGCUGAUGUGAAGCUCAAGGGGACGUGGCUCUGGCAGUGGCCAUCUUGGCAGUGACGCAAUGAUCUAGCACCGGCAUGUCCAAGAAUGGAAAUCUUAGGAGAAAUUGUAGAGGGCCCAGGAGAUUCAGCUAGCACCUGAGACACCGGCACCCACAUGUAAUUCAAAUGGGCAAUGCUCAUUAUAAUGAGUAACUGUACGCCUUCAUAAAACAGACGAGUUGUAUGUUGGUGUGAAAACUGAAGGAUCCUGAGUGUUCUUUGAUCUAUACAGCAAAGGCGCAUUUCCCAAUAAAAAGGCCACUCAAGCACUCUGUGAUAAGUGAACACUGCUUAAUAAUAAGCUAGACACUAUAAAAUGUUCCUUUGAUUUACUGUGGAACUUGGACCUGCAUCGGCUAAAGUCCAUGAUAAAUAUGCUCCUAAGAAAUUCCACAAACAGAAUGACUUCUCUUUACAGAAUCAUCCCUCUGUAUUUACUAACAGUAAAUAAAAAUAAUCAGCCGCUUUGCUUUUCUACAGGCAAACAGCUGGUAAACUCUGAAAAAGCCCUGAAAGGCUGUACCACUUCCUUAAAUUUCAUCCAACUUUGCUGUAUGAUCAACCAUGCUGUAAGCAGCAGCAACAUCAGUUUAAUUUACUGCGAACUCAAAACCUAAAAAAGGGGUGUUGCAAGCUCUCACAGAGUCACAAAGACCAGAGACGUGAAGGCAGCACACUAAAGCUGGGCUUUGGACAUCUACAUUACAUGUCACUUUGAUAAAGGAUGAUGAAGAUAUCAGGAAGAGUCACUUGGUGCUGUGUAGCUCUGCUCCUUGCCCUGACUUCUGUGUCGGCUGUAAAGACGCUCAAUUCAAUAAGUGAUUUGAAGAAAAUCAACUUCGGCCAAUCUGUGCCCAAGCACAGUCUGCUGCUGCUCCACUGGUUUGCCAACACAGUUAACAUUGAAGAUAACAAUGUCAUGAGUCUGACCUUUGACCCAACUAAUGGGGAUUAUGGUUCACAUUAUUAUGGAAACUUUGAGGAGAUGCUGGACCCACUGCCUCGGGGAAGUCAGUACCAGUACUACACUAUUGGAAAUCUUCAUCAGGAAACACGCACUCCACUUCCAUCUUAUGUAACGCGUCCCCGAAGGGAAUAUGCAGGAGAAAACGAGGACAGGAUCAUAGUUCGUGUCAGGGAGCAAAACACAGGAUGGAAUACUUUCUGGAGGGUAGACCAAGUGUAUAUCACACAGCAUAUGCCAGAGCAUUCUCAAUAUCAGGGGGAAUAUGAUCCAGAUCAUACCUACAGGAUCACCACUAACCUCCUGAGAAUGAUUGGAGAUUUUUCUCUGGGACAAAACCAACAGCAGCUGUCGUAUCUCAGAAGGCGCUUUAGAAGCAACGCUGAUGAUGUACAAAUCAGAAACACAUGGGGUGACCUUGCUUGCCUUGGACUGCUGUUGUAUAUUGUAAUCCAGGAAGGGUACUCUACUACCUACUUUACCCCACAAACCAACCACACACCGGAAUUCAGACAACAGAGCGCAUACAGACCAGAGAACAGAGAAACUGAUUGGUGUGCGGCUUUAAUGAAAUGCUGCAUGAUUCUUGCUGUUCUUUUAAUUGGCCUUUUUAUUUUGGCAUUUUCUGCCGCAAGUAGAUAACUUGAAAUGAGAUAGGGUAUAUAUAUAUAUAUAUAUGUUGCCUUAUAAUGUGUUUAAGCCGAAUGCUUUUCACAAAGUCAGCAGGAUUCAAAAGUUGAUAGGGAAGAAGGAAACGCGCGUGAACAAUGUCCAGGGGUUCUUCUGUUUUAUGCUUUGUUUUACUUCUGUGUUUAAUUGUAAUUUGUACUAUAUAACCUUUUUUUGACUGGUAUUUGUUUGUAUUUGAGAUAAAAGCUUGGUACAACAUGCUUUUGAUGAAAGGCCAAAUACUAUAAAUCAUUAAUCUUUUUGAGCUUCAUUACAUUUAUUAAAAAUGACAGUCUCUGAAUACCAGUGGGGCUUGUGCUUUAUGUAAGCUGUGCAUAUUGGCUUUUGUUGUUUGUUUAAUAAAGCACUGCUUAGGUGUCAA